AUGACAGGGAAGAGUGACAUUGUAAAGAAGAUGGAUAAAGCACUAGAAAAUAAAGAUUUUGAUAGAUUUGUUGUAUUUCAUUCACUUUACAUGGAUGAAACAAGAGGAAAAACUAAAGAAACAAAAAACAUGAUAUUUUAUAAAACACUAGCUUUAUUGUAUUUCCUGGGUACUGAACAACUUUCUAAGUAUCAUGCUUGUAUUCAAUCAUGUAUUGAUCCUAGUGAUUAUGAGUAUGUUAUGAAAGUGUUUGAUUAUAUAACCAUCUAUGACUUCAAUUCAUUAGAAACUAUUUACAACUCUUCAACUGAUUUGUUUCAAGAGUUAAUUAAGCUUAAUUUAGAGUUAUUAAAGAAUAAAUGUAAUAGAAUUAAUUCUAAUGAACCUAAAAUUAAACAAGAUACUUCACUUGAUACUAUCAAUGAAUGUGUUUAUAUUUUAAAUGAAAUUGAGAUGUAA